CGUACGAACCAGAUUCUUCUUGAAUUCGCGAUCGAACCCAACCUCAUAUGACACAUUGUCUACAGCCGACCUAUCAACAAUAACUAGCUCGCAUUUCGACCCUGCUCGGGAGACGAAAUUUAUCAGUCAUGGCUAUAUGGAGAACGGACUGGUUGGUUGGAUGGAAGACAUGAUGACAGAGUUUAUAAACAAUGGUGAUUAUAAUGUGAUUCGCGUCGAUUGGGGGAAAGGGUCUACUGCCACUUACGGCCAAGCCACGGCAAACACUCGAAUUGUGGGGGCAGAAAUUUCUUUCCUAAUUGACAAAUUUAAGGAAUUAUACGGCUAUACUGCUGAUAAAGUACACAUUAUCGGGCAUAGUCUUGGAUCUCAUGUGGCUGGGUAUGCUGGUGAAAGGCAAACAAAGCCGAAGCUUGGAAGAAUAACAGGCAUGGACCCAGCUGGACCUUAUUUUGAAGACACAGAUAUUAUUGUUCGUCUUGAUCCUUCUGAUGCUACAUUUGUUGACGCUAUUCACACGGACACGGAUCCUAUCUAUAACAUCGGUUAUGGAAUAUUCAUGCAAGUUGGACAUAUGGAUUUCUACGUCAAUGGUGGAACCGAUCAACCAGGAUGUGACCAGGGAUUGGUUGGGAACAUAAUCACAUCUGGCGGUAUCUAUGACGGUGGAGUUCAAUACGUCGCUUGCAAUCACGUCAGAUCUUACGAAUAUUUCACGGAAUCAAUCAACAGUAAAUGUAAGUUCACGUCAUAUGACUGUACAAACUAUGGACAGGGUGAAAAAGGCUAUGAGGCGUAUAAAAACGGUCAAUGUUUCGACAACAAUGGCGUCGAGAUGGGCUUCCAUUCUAUCGAUAGUUGGUCAAUGUCAUCAGCUUCCGAUACAGUCUACUUUGUUAACACAAAGGACAGCUCUCCAUACUGUGGAUUGCAAUACCGAUUCCAAAUGUAUGUUGAUGAUCCAGGUUGGCUUUCAGGUAGUAAAGAGAAAGGAGACCUCUUCGUCUAUCUGGUAGGAAACAGAGGCACAACAGGAAAAAUUCCAUUGACCACACAUUCCCAGUAUUUUGAGCCAAAACAAGAUUAUGGAUUUGUGGGUGUCGCAGAAACUGACCCUGGAAGACUGACAGGAAUGUAUAUGGAAUGGUCCUAUGAUCCAGACUGGUAUAAGCCGUGGGAUUGGGACGUCUGGACAAACCCUGAGAUAUACGUUCAUAAGUUUGACGUUGAAUCAAGUGAAGAGAAGAGAGGUUAUCUUAUGUGUGGCGACGACAGCGAAAUAGUUGCUGAAAAGGAUAAGAAAGCGUACCUUGUAACCUCUGGCUGCAGUUAGAACGGAUCCUUAAAUAGAAAUACUCUCCGAUUUCAAUUUGUAUAUUGGAGUAAGUAAAGUUGAAACGAUUUGUGACUUACAGCGUCAGUCUGACGAUUAUACUUCCUUGCAAGCAGCAGUCAUCAAUGUUAAAUUAAAUAUGGAUUAUUUUUAGUUGUGUUAUUGUUGCUUAAUUGAUUAAAAGUCAAUUAAUUGAUUGAUUGUUUAUCAAACGAUGAGAUUUUAGUUGAUUGUGCAUAAAAUGAAAACUGGUAGGCCUACAGCGUCGAUUAUCAUUGUUUCUAGUUCUAGUUUUAUGGGAAAUAGCUUGUUGGAGCUUUACUUAUGUUGGAUAAUGACUUAUACAAUAAUUAGUUUAUGGACUAGAGGUUACAGAAACAGUCGGAAAAACGUUGAUGAUGAAAAGAAAUUAUUAUUAAAUAAAAUCGUUUGGUAUUGUGAAAA